GAUUUCUUGCGUGAGAGUGAACAGUUUUGUCUUAGUAUAUGUUUAUUUGGUUUACGAGUGUAACCGUGCUUAAUUUCUAGGAUCACUGCGAUUGAAGCAUUCGAGAAAUAAACGUUUGGAACCUUAUUAUUAUCCUUUGUUAUGGAGAGCGUUGAAAGGAGGAAGGCUUACAAUCCAAUCUCGAGAAACACGGCACGAAAAAUGGAGAGUGCAGCAGAGGUGCUCAGGGAUUUACCCAAGGAUUUUAAUUAUGUAUUUGACGUUGUUCAUUUCAUUAUCUGCAUACAAGGAGAUAGGGAGGAUAUGGGAGAUAGUUUUAUCCCUACAACCAGAAAGCAUCCCCUGGCGAGCUGGAUGUCCAGCAUGUUGGCAUGCUUUGCCGGAGGCAUUCUUGUCAGUCCUUUAUGCGGAGAACCGGUACUGUCAGCAUUUGAUGACGGGAUUAAAGUUCUGAUCGCUACUCUGCUCUGGUUCUUCAUCAACUACACUCCUCAAGAUCUUACUUAUCAGGUCACAAAGAUGUUUCCUGUGAGGUUUCUCCUCUACCUGGUUAAAGGACUCUACUAUCCUAAGAAGGUCGUAGCAGGAAUGAAGCAUGCUCAGCAUGUUCUACCCGGCAAUAUGGUUGCUUUAGUCAUUAUUGCAUGCUGCAAGGUAAACAUAUAUCAUUAUUGCAUGCUGCAAGGUAAACAUAUAUCAUUAUUGCAUGCUGCAAGGUAAACAUAUAUCAUUAUUGAAUGCUGCAAG